AUGAAACUCAUAAGUUGGAAUGUCAGGGGUUGUAAUGCCCUUGAAAAGCAUUGUCUGAUCAAGGAUGGGCUUGAACAGAUGAAACCAGAUUUAGUUUGUUUUCAAGAAACAAAGAUGAGUUUGGAGGAGGCAGAAAUGUUGUUGAAAGGUUGGAGAUCAUGGAAAGGGUUUUUUGCGAGUGUUGUGGGUUCCUCAGGUGGACUUGGCAUUAUCUGGAAUCCAAUUCUCAUUAAGGUGGAGGAGCUCAUCAACGCUCAUUCAUGGCAACUGUGUAAAAUUCACUCUUUCAGUAUUAACUAUGAUUUCUUUCUCAUUAAUAUCUAUGGGCCAAUGAAAACUAACUUGCAACUGGAAACUUGGAAGCAAGUGUGUGUAAUUUUAAAUAACCUGUCUCAGGAGCUGGUGGUGCUUGGGGGAAACUUCAAUGCCAUUUUGGACUUGACAGAUAAGAAAGGAGGAAAUGUGGGAAUUACAGCCUCACAAGUGGGUUUCCAAAACUAUAUUGCUAAAAAUGGUUUGAGAGAGGUUAAGACCAACAAAGGUUGUUUUAUAUGGUCUAAUUGA